AUGGCAUCCAAAUUCGCCACCCAGGUUCCGGCAACAAUGCGUGCACUCGCUCUCUCCAAGUUUGGAAAACCGGAUACAUACGACAUAGCAAGCAUUCCAACUCCAGAAAUCACGCAUGAAAAUGAUAUAUUGAUCAAAGUGGAAGCCGCUAGUGUCAAUCCUAUUGAUGUCAAGAUGGCUGGCGGGUAUGCAAAGAUGAUGUUCGAUGUUAAGUUCCCCUACUUGAUGGGCUACGACGUAUCGGGUACUGUCGUCUCCACUGGUUCUUCCGUCACCCACGUCAAGCCCGGCGAUGCAGUCUACUCUCGCGUACCUGAACGUCACCGUGGAACCAUUGCACAAUACUGUCUCUCGACUUCUGCAGCUGUAGCUCAAAAGCCAUCCUCUCUUUCUCAUUCCGAAGCCGCCGCUGUGCCACUCGCUGCACUGACAGCCUAUCAAUCUGUACUCCGAGCAGACAGUCAAUUACCCGGCGGACUAAAAGGUAAAACUGUACUUAUCCCUGCUGGUAUGAGCGGAACGGGUAGUAUCGCUGUUCAGCUCGCCAAGAAUGUCUUUGGAGCUGGGAGGGUCAUUACCACUUUAAGUACGGGAAAGAUUGGUAGAGCAGAGGAAUUGUUAGGGAAGGGAAUCGAAACAGUAGAUUAUACGAAAGAAGAUGUCGUAAAGGCAAUAGGGAAAGAGAGUGUAGAUUUUCUCUUCGACACAACAUCCUGCUCACUUUCUCUUGGCUCUCUCGUUAAAAAGGGGGGAGUCAUCGUCUCUAUUUCGAUGAUACCUGGUGGCACCGAAACUAUCGAGCGUAUGAGUCUCCAUACUGCUGGGGUAUCUGAAGGAGGUGUUAAGGUCAAAUUAAGCUGGUGGAUGGUCAAAAUUAUGGAUUUCUUGGAUUGGAGUUUAAGAACGUGGGCCAGCUGGAAUGGGAGAAGCUAUAGCUAUCUGAUGAUGGAACCAAGUCGGGAGGACUUAGAAAAGCUAGGGGAGUUAGUCAACGAAGGGAAGCUGAGACCAAUUGUAGGCUCCGAGGUCAAGCUUGAGGAUGUUGACGGUGUUAGGAAGGGCUGUCAAGAGGUUUUUGCUGGGAAGGGUGGAAUUGGGAAAUUUGUUAUCACUCCUUGA